CUCUCUCAUGCAAGAAAAUGCCUCUACAGUUCCCAAACACUAUGGAGGAAAGAAAAAAGUUUGCAUUGCAUUGGAAGCUAGUGAGAAAAUAUGAGGAACAAACAAUUCAAUUCUGCUGCAGGAGGGAAGACAUUUAUGAUGAUGCUAAAGAUUAUUAUCCAUAUGAAGAGGAAGAAGAUGAUCUAGAUGAAGUUUACUUCAAUAGUUCAACAAGUCUUGUAUUGGGAAUCGAAGGUGGGGUCACAAUGGAUAUGUCAUGUCAGAACGCUAAGAAGCGAGACCAGUCUAUCAACCAAAUUUCCAGGACUCUGGUGUUGUUUCAUCUCGAGAACCUAAAGAGGCUGCGAAAAGUGCAACCGGGCAAUGGGCAAAGAGGGCACUCAAACAUGAACCGGCUGAUAAAGGUACUACAAGAAAGCACUAGCAACAUCUGCUAAGAUUGGGUGGGAUGUGAGGCCAUUUUUGUAAGUGCCUAAGUUGGGCCUUAAACUUGAUGUCCCUUGAAAAAUAUGUCACUACUUUUUAGUUUGUAAAAUAAUAUACAAUCACCUUGAAGAAGAAAGAAAAGAAAAAUAUCGUUAUAAAAUAAUGGCGGGGUAAGUGGUUCAAGAUCCCGAUUUCUCUAAUUAUUCCUU